UCUUAAUGGAAGUGAUAUUCAAUAUAUAGCUAGGAGCCUUUCUCUCAGUUUGCUUUUAAGAAAUGGGAGUGUUUCAAACUGUUGAAUUAUUUUUGUCAUCUGCAUACUUUUUUGAUGUGUCCGGAAAUGACUUUUUUGUUUAUAGAUAUUAUAUAGAUCAUUGGAAUGGAAAUCCUUUGAUAUGCGUGCUGUUGUGUCUGCCACCGAAGAUCUUUUUAAAUUCAUAUUGUCUGAUAAGGGUUUGAGGGUACGUGUUUUCCUGGUCCGGGACAUAAUUAAAGCAAUUGAUAUUUUUCUUCAGGAUGAAGUAGUUGCAAACAUUUUCGAUGAGAAGGUUCAAGCUAGAGAGACAGCUGAAUCUGAGGGACAUGCAAUGCUGAUGAGAGUGGUUAAUGGGCUUAAAUCUUUCCGGCAUGCAGUGAAGUUGGCCCCGGAGGUGUGGACUGCUAUGCUAAUCCGCAUGACAGUGAAACCCGAGGCUCACAAAUUUACAUUUGACAUCAUUUCAGCCUUAUUGAUACAUUUUAGCCGAAAAAUUCCAGAGACCUUUUGGAUUUGUAUAUCUAGAAUUCUUCACAAGUUGGUGAAAAAUUAUAGCCAUGUCGAUUUAUGAUUUAGGUGGAUUCUUCAUUUGCUCAUUUUUUUUCUCUAGCUAUUUAUUUAUUUGAGUGAAACUAUUUGUCUGAUGCAAUUUUAAAGAUUAUAUAUCUGAGUUUGGCUCCGAAAGUUGAGUGAUUGUAAAAUACUUUUUUUAGUAGUGUUUGUAAA